AUGAGCGGCACACUCACCUCGGGCGACUGCUACACCUCGACCGCGCUCGACACCCUCGACGCAUGCUGUACCCUCACCCUGGGGACCUUCACGAAUCAAACCUACGCCGACUACAACACGACCUAUCCCGGGGCGCUGUCCGCGGCGGAUGCCAACACCUCGUCUUAUAUUGGGCGGUGCGACUUUGACGACAACGGCAACCGGAUGUCCGACUGCCUGAAGCAGCGAGCCGGCGACCUCAAGGUCUGGUGCACCUAUGCCUCGGGCGCGCGGCACGUCGUGUCCACGCCUGCAUUGCUGCUCCUCGCCGUGCAGCAGAUCGAGUCGUGCUGCGCGGGCGCGAACGGCCUCUUCCUCAACCAGAACGCGAGCACGUUCCGCGCGACCAACCCGCAGGGCUAUGCGUGGUUCUCGGCCAACGGGACGACGGUCGGCGCAGACAUUGGCAGCUGCGUAGCGUACACGACGAGCGCGCCGGUGCUGCUCAACUGCGUAAAGGGCAACAUUAGCGACGAGCACAACUUCAAGUGCUCGUCGACUGUCGUCUCGGCCGCCGACCGACGGCUAUCCACACCGCUGCUCCUCACAUUAUUGGGGCUGGUCGCCGGUACCGUCCUGGCGCUGUGA